CGAAAUUGUCAGUUGAAUUGUGGAUAGAAUUGUGAGGUGAUCACCUCGACAGUAUUGUAUGUGUACUGCACGAAAUCGUUUAAUUGCAGGCGCCGUCUUCUUUUCACCAGACUUUCACGGAUCGUCCAAAACAAUGUUACGAGCUCUGUCACGUAUUAAUUUAAGAUCUCUACUGACGGCAUCUGCAGCUGUGUCUAGUGCAGGAAAUCUCCAGUCAACAUGUCACAGUCGAUUCCAAAACGUUUUAACUACACGAAGAUUUAAGUCCCAUGAAACGUACAAGCCAUUUAAAUACCAUUCAAACACUUUUCACAUUGACAAAAUAUCUGGGGUAAUCGACAUUAAGUUUAAUAAAGAGUGUAGCUCCCGUUAUCCCUUCAUCUGGUUAAGAGAUAACUGUCAGUGUCUUAUGUGCCAUGAUAAGUCUAGUAUGCAACGGAGAAUUCUACUGGAUACACUCGACAUUGAUGUCGAGCCCGAGAAUGUACUGACCGACUCUGUUGGGCAGGCAAUGACUGUCCACUGGUCAGAUGGACACAUCAGUGAGUAUCCAAUAAGCUGGUUGAAGAAUUACACGUUUCCACAAGUGGUAGACCACAUUCAAGAGAUGGAGUUGAGGCACUGGGGAUCUGAAGUCAAACUUCAAACAUUUUCAUUUGUAGACAUAUUGAAUGAUGAUUCUGUUCUGUAUAACUGGCUGGUUUGUCUUCAUACGGACGGUCUGUGUAAAAUAAAUGACAUUGGACUUGAAGAGAGAAAUUGCAUGCGGUUGGCAGAAAGAGUGGCUUAUCCAAAACCUACUUGCUACGGAAUUGACUGGGCCCUCAAGUCUAACCCGAAUCCUAGUAAUCUCGCAUUCUCUGGAGUUCGGCUGUGCCUACAUACUGACCUUCCUUAUUAUGCGUAUGAACCAGGAGCCCUGAUAUUUCAUUCCAUAAAAGUGAGUGAAUUUGGCGGGGUAAGUGAGUUCGUGGACAGUUUUAAAGUGUCCUAUGAUUUGAAAAGAAAUGACCCGGAAACGUUUGAGAUUUUGACCAGAGUACCAAUAGGAUAUGCAGAUCAGGGUGUUGACGAGUUAUCACACUCCGAAUAUUACUUGAAAGAUUCCAAGCCAAUUAUAAGUGGUUUGAUUUCAAUCCAGAGCAAAAUUUUGGUAGGGGCCAUGCGAAGCACCAAGCGGCCUGGAUCCAAACGGGAGAUUAAGAAAAUAACCUUCAACCAACAAGCUCGUGGAAUCAGGAUCGGCGUAAGUGUCGAUGAUAUUAAGUCGGUAUAUAAAGCCAUGAAGGUCUUUCAUUCAGCAUUGAACAACAAAGAAAAUUUCGUUUCGUUCAAAAUACAACCAGGUGAGGCAGUUUGCUUUGAUAACUAUCGAGUAAUGCACGGGCGACAAGAAUUCACGGUUCCGGCAGGAAACUCUACCUCACGCCAUCUGCAUGGAAUCUUUAUUGAUUGGGACAAUAUCUACUCGCGCAUCAGAGUUAUCGCUAAGAAUAAAAACAUCUUUUUUUAAGCAGUUUCAUCUAUUUAGACUCUGUAAAUGGGUGGUGAGGGUUUAAGUUGGGGAGCUUUAUAGUUGAUUAUAGGUAUAUCCAUUUGUCGUUUCAGACAAAUUCUAGUUUGUAUAAAAUUGAUUUAAGAUGUAGGCCCACUAAUUUAAUGGCUGUAUCUUAAUACCAUAAUGAUCUCUCUUUUCUGGCUGUAUGAUUGGAGGAAUUAGCCGAUUAUCGUCUUUGAAAGUUCGUCGAGUGCGUUUCGUCACGAUGUCAGCCCACCAUCGUCCGACAGGCCUGUCUUAUGAAGUGCACUCAAUGCGCCCGACGGUCGUCGACCGACGCGAUUCUAUGAGAAUGCAACGUCACGCCACCUACAAUCAGCAGACGGCGACGCAUCGUCUAACGCUUACAUGGAGCGGAGUAAUUCGUUGUCCUAAAAACAAGGUGUUUUUUUGGUAAUAAAUAGGCCUAUUUUCCUGGUAAUUUUUGGAGAAAAUUUUUCUUUUAUAGAUAGGCCUAAUAGAAAUAAUUCUGUCCAAUAGACAAAAGGCCUAUCUGUGCGAUUGUCAGUGUAAUGUUGUAUUAGGGUUCAAUAAUAUUAAGUAACAAUUGGAAUUUGUUUAUCAAUACCUUUCAUUUGAUACCAAACCUGUUAAAUGUCCCAACUUGGCUUGACAGCUUAUUGGUCAACUUGGGUAUACUGGCCCUAUACAAUUGGUCAAUCUAUAACUUUACCCAUAGUAUAUUGAACACAAACAUUCUCACACUAUAAGUGACACUACGGAGCCAAGCUUUCGAUAAGAAAAUCCAUCUCAGAUAAAAGUAUUUCGGUAAACAAGUUAUUAAAUCAUAGAGAAAGAAAGAACUUCUCAAUGAUCCAAAGAAACCAUAAAAACAUGAGGUGACUCUAUAGACCAUGGAGACACACUCCAAUACCAGAAGGUAUAAGAGGCAAAAAUCCUAUUAUCACUAAUAGAUUAGGACUUAUAAUAUAGGAAGAACAUCUUCGGUCUAAAAGGAUUUAAACUCUAGUCUGAGUUCAGUCGCUUCUUGUACGUAUGUUGUAGUGCAGUAAAAUAGAAUGUAGAAUAAAAGCUUUGCAGCACGACACCAACGUAAA